UGCACAUGAAAUGGGUGGCCAGGCACCCUCCCCAGAGUCCUGCUCACUGGGAGCCUUUCUCACCCCUGUCUCUCCAGGACACCUUUGGGCAGAGGUCAACAGCUACUCAGCGUUUACAUGUCCCCAAACACGAAGCCACCCAUUCUGGAACCAGGUUGGGGCGCUUUGCUCCUUUGCCAGAGAGAUCACAAGGGACCUACCCACGCAGACAUAGUGGGAGCCAAGGGACGUGGUGCGACAGCCGUGGAUGGCAUAGGGGCCUGGGUGAUGUGUUCACGGAGCUUACUGGAACCUUCUGGUUUUAUUCGCACUCGUUCCUCCUCAGUGAGCCACUUGUGAAGGACUGUCGUGCUCACUUGACCUUAUGACCUGGUGGGUCACCCAGAGCCAUCUUGACUGCUUGACCAAGGGAAUCAUCGUAUACAGUUGUCAUCGCAUUUCAGGACCCUUCUUUCUGGGCACCCAGCUUCUCCUUCAGUCAACAGAGCCUGGGUGUGAGGACUGGCUCAGGUCCAGAAACUGGGCGAAAGGUCUUGGCUUUUGAUGCAGUGGCUGUCCUUGGGGAGGGCCAUGUCCUCGGGUGAGGCAGUUCCAUUUGGCUGAGUUAAGUUCCUGGGGAGGAGGAAAUUCAGCUGUGCCAUCAGCAGGCUACCCCCAACCCUACCCCCAGCCACUGAAAGAAAUGGGUGCCUUGGUCAUGAAGGGGAGAGCUGAUGGCACAACGCAGCAUCCAUUAUACGUGCAUUGGACCCUUCCCACGUGUAGAAUACUUGCUUGGUGCCUCGCCGUCUCAACACCCAGUUUCCAUCUCCAAUCCAAGAUGGCAGCUCGGUCAGUGGGAGGGAAGGACCCAGCGGAGCUGAGCAGUGGGGAGACAGAGGAACUACAGCAGAUCAAAUGGCACCGGAGGCAGCUUCUGGAAGACAUCCAGAAGCUGAAGGAUGAGAUCGCAGAUGUGUUUGCCCAGAUUGAUUGCUUCGAGAUCGCGGAGGAGAGCCGGAUGGCCCAGAAAGAGAAGGAGCUAUGCAUUGGGCGUAAGAAGUUCAACAUGGACCCCAUGAAGGGCGUCCAGUAUCUCAUUGAGCACAAACUGCUGACCCCCGACGUCCAGGACAUCGCGCAGUUCCUGUACAAGGGCGAGGGCCUCAACAAGACGGCCAUCGGCACGUACUUGGGGGAGAGGGAUUCCUUCAACCUGCAGGUCCUCCAGGCCUUCGUGGACUGCCAUGAGUUUGCCAACCUCAACCUCGUGCAGGCCCUCAGACAGUUCCUGUGGAGCUUCCGGCUGCCGGGCGAGGCCCAGAAGAUCGACCGGAUGAUGGAGACUUUUGCCACCCGCUACUGCCUCUGCAACCCAGGCGUCUUCCAGUCCACAGAUACCUGCUACGUCCUGUCCUUCUCCAUCAUCAUGCUCAACACCAGCCUCCACAACCCCAAUGUCCGGGACAGGCCACCCUUCGAGCGCUUUGUGUCCAUGAACCGUGGCAUCAAUGGCGGCGGUGACCUGCCUGAGGAGCAGCUGCGGAACCUCUUCGACAGCAUCAAGAGCGAGCCCUUCUCCAUCCCCGAGGAUGAUGGCAAUGACCUCACUCAUACCUUCUUCAACCCCGACCGCGAGGGCUGGCUGCUCAAACUGGGGGGCCGCGUGAAGACGUGGAAACGACGCUGGUUCAUCCUGACGGACAACUGUCUCUACUAUUUCGAGUUCACCACUGACAAGGAGCCACGGGGAAUCAUCCCCCUUGAGAACCUCUCAGUGCAGGAGGUGGACGAUCCCAAGAAGCCAUUCUGCCUGGAGCUUUACAACCCCAGCUGCCGCGGCCAGAAGAUCAAGGCCUGCAAGACCGAUGGCGAGGGCAAGGUGGUGGAGGGCAAGCACGAGUCUUAUCGAAUCUCCGCCUCCAGCGCCGAGGAGCGCGACCAGUGGAUCAAGGCCAUACGAGCCAGCAUCACCCGCGUCCCCUUCUACGACCUGGUGUCUGCUCGGAAGAAGAAGAUUGCCAACAGGCACUGAACUUCCUGGGAGGCGGUACCGGGGGACCCCACGACUUGUGGUACCUAGAGACGUACCUCCCCCCGCCCAGGACAUGCUUUCCUGGCCCACGGACAUCCCUCCGGCCCCCGUUACUUUGGGUGAACAGGAGUGGGGGCGGCCGGGCUCGGGAGGGUGGCUGGAAAAGUCCGAGGGCUCAGAGGUGGCACUGAGGCACCCCAGCCCCGGCCACGAAAGACCCCCCGCCCUCCACCCCAGGUCACUGCAGCAGGGAACGAG